AUGAUAAAAUUUAUUUUAAUAAUUAUUUUUAUAAUACCUAUUUGUUUUAAAAAAAAAAUAUUUUGAUUGGUUCAAAUGAUAUUAUUUUUAAUAAUGUUUUUAUUUAUAAAUUUAACUGUAAUAUUAGAAAAUUAUUGUAAUUUAAGAUAUAUAUAUUCUUGUGAUAUUAUUUCUUAUGGUUUGAUUAUAUUAAGAAUUUGAAUUAGAAUUUUAAUAAUUAUAGCUAGAGAAAAUUUAUUUAAAAUAAAUUUUUAUGUUGAGUUUUUUAUAUUUAAUUUAGUUUUUUUGUUAUUAAUAUUAUUUUUAACUUUUUCUACAAUAAAUUUAUUUAUAUUUUAUUUAUUUUUUGAGGGGAGAUUAAUUCCAACUUUAAUAUUAAUUGUUGGUUGGGGGUAUCAACCAGAACGAAUUCAAGCAGGAAUAUAUUUAUUAUUUUAUACUUUAUUUGUUUCUUUACCUAUAUUAUUAGGAAUUUUUUAUUUAUAUGUUAAUUUUAAUAAUAUUAUAAUAUAUUAUUUAAAAUUUUUAAAUUGUGAAUAUUAUUUAUUAUAUUUUUCUAUAAUUAUAGCUUUUUUAGUAAAAAUACCUAUAUAUUUUGUUCAUUUAUGAUUACCUAAAGCUCAUGUUGAGGCUUCAGUUUCUGGGUCAAUAAUUUUAGCUGGGAUUAUAUUAAAAAUAGGAGGUUAUGGGUUAAUUCGUGUAAUAUUAUUUAUAGAAAAUUUAGGUAUAAAGAUAAAUUUUAUUUGGGUAGUAAUUAGAUUAUUAGGUGGAUUUUUAAUUAGAUUAAAAUGUUUUUGUCAAAUUGAUAUUAAAUCUUUAAUUGCAUAUUCAUCAGUUGCUCAUAUGAGUUUAGUAAUUAGAGGGAUUAUAACUAUAAAUUAUUGAGGGUAUAUAGGAUGUUAUAUUUUAAUAAUUGGUCAUGGUUUAUGUUCUUCUGGGAUAUUUUGUUUAGCAAAUAUUAAUUAUGAACGUUUACAUAGACGAAGAAUAUUUCUUAAUAAGGGGAUAAUAAAUUUUAUACCUUCAAUAAGAAUAUGAUGAUUUUUGAUAUUAUCUUCAAAUAUAGCUGCGCCUCCUUCCUUAAAUUUAAUAGGGGAAAUUAGAUUAAUUAAUAGAUUAAUAAGUUGAUCUUGGUUAAGAAUAAUUAUAUUAAUAUUAAUUUCUUUUUUUAGAGCUGGUUAUAGUUUGUAUUUAUAUUCUUAUACUCAACAUGGGAAGUAUUUUAUAGGAAUUUAUAGAUUUUAUAUAGGAGUUUCUCGAGAAUAUUUAUUAUUAUUAUUACAUUGAUUACCUUUAAAUAUUUUAGUAAUAAAGAUUGAUUGUAUAAUAAUUUGAAUAUAA